AUGAAGUCUUUGGAUUUAUCUCAGUCUCUAUGGUCGCUCGCGUUGCUUCCGAGCCUCUCACAUGCCUACUGGCGCAUGGCCUGCAGCGUUUCUCAGACAGCUCGGGUGGACCUCAUACUUAACCCAGGCGAGGUGUCUGGACAUGUGCACAAGUUCGCAGGCGGCAGCAAUGUCAACCAAUAUUCCGAUUUCAACUCGCUACAAACUUCGAACUGUUCGACAUGCGAAGUCCAGCAGGACAAAUCAGCCUACUGGACCCCACAACUUUACUACGCUCACGCAAACGGCUCGUUCGAAGAGGUACCCAACUACGGAAUGACGGUGUAUUACGUUGGCCGCGGAGGAAAUUCUUCUAACACGGUACCAUUUCCGGCUGGAUUCAAGAUGAUCACGGGCGACACUCGACAACGAUCUUACGACAAUACAACCUUGACAUACUUGAAUACCAGGCCUGUGGCCGAUAGGGUAAGUUUUCACUGCAUAGACGAGGCUAACGAUAUUCCAGAACAACACUACAUGUUCCGUACCGACUGUGUCAAUGGCAUGCGAGCUCAGGUCAACUUUCAGUCCUGCUGGGAUGGAGUGAAUCUUUAUCUCGACAACAAUGCCCACGUCGAUUACUUGUCAGGCAUUGACUACGGCGUCUGCCCUCCUUCUCAUCCGGUUCCUAUUCCUGGCCUGUUCUUCGAGGUUCUUUACAUGACAAACUCGGUCGACCAAUCAGCUGGUGGCCAGUUUGUCUUCUCCAACGGCGAUACCACUGGCUACGGUUUCCACGGCGAUUUCCUGAACGGUUGGGAUAUGGACAUACAGACUGCUGCUGUUCAGGAUUGUCUCUACACAGAUAAUGGCGGGGUGGUGAGCGCAUGCUCUCACCUCUCUCCAAGCGACGAUACCAACUUUCCACGCGACUGUCUUGAACAGCCAUCCGUAUUCGAUGAGCCUGUUCACGGCAUGCUUUCUGCUUUGCCUGGCUGCAACCCGAUCACGUCUGGUCCCGCCAUGGCUGAUUCAGUCGUCUGUCCUCUUGACUCCCACACACUCGACGCGGCGAACCAAACAUCAAUCUUAAACGCCACAUCUACUGCGGUCUUCAACGCUACAUCUACUGCGUUCUCCAAUGCUACAUCUUCUGCAAUUGCCUCUUCUUUGGAUGCCGCGGCAACGAGCACCGAAACUGAAUCCACCGUGCCAGUCACGACGGAUACGUUUACUACCCCGAGCCCAACUCCAAUCGACGCAGUAGCUUCAAGCGUUUCCUCCUCUAUUGAACUGUCAUCCUCUGACCUACCUCCGAUGCCAGCUACGGUAACAUCCUUCGAUCAGUUCACUUCAACUAUGGAAUCAGGAAGCGGGCUAGUGACUACCACCGUCACCGAGUGGGUUACUAUUACAGUGACAGGACCUAACGAUAUUCCGGCAAAUUUCGUCGCUGUGAGCAGCACGUCUGGUGUCGCAUCAACGCCUACGGCCACAGACUCAAGCAUGGAGGCAGUGGCGUCUAGCGAAUCAAUUAUAUACACCGAUUCCUCCCCCAAGCAAGACACAAGCCCGACCACAGAGGGUAUGACCACCAUUACCUUGUAUGCGACUGUGGCUCCUACAAAUACACCCCCAGCGUUCUCGCAAUUCGUAUCCUCCUCAGACACCACUUCCAUGACAAUCGGCAUUCCCACUCCUACCAAUACACCUUCAGCGUUUUCACAAUUCAUAACCUCACCAAACACCACUUUGACGGCAAUUUACACUCCCUCUCCCACCCACACACCCUCCGCAUUCUCGCAAUUUGUAUCUGCAAACACCACGUUGACGAUACCGGGCACCCCAUUUCCUACCAAUACAUCCCCAGCGUUUUCGGAAUUCGUACCCUAUCCCAACACCACUUUCACGACAGUGGUUACCCCCGCUGCUACCAAUACUAGCGGUAGUGGGAGUAUCGCUAUCUCGACAACUGUGGCCGUGGCUUACGGAUUUCCUUGUUCUCUUUACGCAGAUUUUACGAUUGAGGGGUGUCAGCCACCAGCAGCCACCUCCUCAACCGUGGAUGCCACAACAACGAACGUUCCGAGCGCAUUCGUGACAGCGACACAAUCAGUCGCCGAUAACUCGACUGUGGUGCUUACAACGUCUGCGCCAGCUGCAACACCUUUCAGGAUUCGGGGACGUGAAGUGUUCUUGACAGAGAAAAUAGAGUGA